AAAUCAUCAUUCUCUCUUAGCAUGAAUUGGUAGGGUCACAGCUAAGGAUGAACUCGAUAGCAAGCACAUCACGCUUGAUGCUCACAGCAGCAUCAAGGCCUGUUCGCCAAUACGUGCCUUCUAUUCGUUCUCCACCACGUCCUAAAUCUGCUCAAAUCGUAUGCACUCGUUUACAGCAUACAGAGUCACAAACCCCACCUGAACCAAGCUUGAUCGACUCAACACAGCUUCAAAGCAGUACGUCAACGAAAGAAAAGCUUGAAUACCUAGAUCAUCUACACAGAGAAAAUCCUGUAAGACGCAAAAGGUCAAAUAGAUCAGCAGAUCCAUCGGUCAGAAUGCAAAAUGAAUGGGAUGCAAUCUUGAAAUCGAUCAAAAAGAGUUUCACAUUUACUCAAUUAAAUGCUCUGAGAAGAGAUAUGGGAAUACCUGUUUCACUUCUCAAUCUUCAACGUGAAAUCUGCAAUAUUCGAAAAGAUUCACUUGUUCGAGCGAUUAUGAUUCACCGAUUCAACAUGGAGGAUCCCAAAACGACAAUCAAUACCAGAAAGAAGAAGAGCACAGCUAAUGCGAAUAAAGAAAAGGUCACUGUGGUGCACGAACUUCCCUUGCAUGCAGCCUAUCUUGCAUUCGAUAUUGCUGCUCAGAAGACCAGCGAUGAAUUCCAAAAGCUCAGAGUGAACGUUACGGCAGCAGAACCAUCAUCAGAAGAACAGACAAAAGGCGUUCAGAUCAGUAUCACAGGUACGCAAAAAGACGUCGAUAAGGCAGUUUCCUGGUUGCAAGCAUUCACAGCGGAUAUUUGCAUCGAAAAGAACGCGAUUGCAUCCAUCAUCUCUUCGCAAUGGUACGAUGUUUCUGAUGUAGCAGAGUUAGACAAGAUUGCGCGAUCGUCAAAUUCUAUCAUCACGAUUGGUGAUGCGCCCAAUCAGGAGCUGACAAUCUAUUCGACCAAUGAAACAUGGUUGAAGGAAGCGAAAAGGAUGCUAUCAAAGUAUCAACAUCAUCUGCGAGAGAUGAAGGACCGUGCUUUGCUCACAUACGCAUCGACCUAUUCCUCAGACGAUUUGCAUUCUUUCCCACCCAUGUAUGCCCUUCAGCCAUUCAUGCAAAGGUACCUGUCUGGAGAUAAUGGUCAACCAGACUUCUUUCGUCUCGCUCGACAGGACAAUGAUGGAAGACGUCUGAGCGUAGAGGAAAGACCAAAAGUCCUGCAGAACACCAAUGAUGCGGAUGACAUGGAGACACAAGUCUUCUCGAAGCUACAAGAAAAGUUAAAGGAACGAAGUGAUCGAUCUCUAGACGAUUUGAGUAAUCUAGAAUCCUUGACAUACAAAGCACAGUUUGGCCAUCUUCUCUUCAAAAGUGCAGAUGAACAGGGAGAGAUGCUACCUGAAGCGCCAUUCAAUGAGCAGGUAGUAUUGGAACGAGCUUCUUCUUGGUUGUCAAAAGACGUGAAAGCUGCUCAUCAAACAGGUAAAGCACCAGUCAUCGGCCCAAGAUUUGUUGCUGCAGUGCCACCCAGCGCCUCCGGUGUCGAAGCACCAUUCGACGUCUUUAGACCAGGUCAAAAUGACGAUUCCGGAACUUCUCCAUGGGGACUGCGAGAUGGUGUUCAAGAAAUUCUCGAUUCAAUGACUGGGUUUACCGAACCCAAGCUAAAGUUGAACGAUAUGAUCAAAGAUUUGAAAAAGUUUGAUGAAUAUCUCGCGAUACGAUAUGCAGCAGGUGAUGAAUUGUUGGAGAUCAAAAUUCUUCCCAAAGAAGAAAAGAAUGCUUCACAACAGAGAGGAAGUCUCAUGGAUGAAUUGUUUGGGAAGAGGGACGAAAAUCUGGUUACCGAAGAGGAAACAGAUGACAAUCUACUACGAGAGGAUCAAGAAAUUGAUGAUGACGAGUCAGCGUCUGUGGAUGGCGUGUCAGAGAGCACUCUGGUAGACAAUGAGAACAUUCCGGACGACCCUUGGCAGAAAAAAAGGAAAGAAAUUCACGUGGAUGAACCCAAAAAGUUCAGAUUCAAGCUUCAAAGUGUGAAACAAAGUCUUUCCACGCAGGCAGACGUUUUGGUUCCAGAAGCUGCAACGGACGUUCGCCUAUCCGUGGAAUCAGCAAGAUUGAUUCAACAAAAGGAAGUGGAGGGUUUGGAAGAAUGGCAACAAUACUUGAAUCAAAUCAGUCCUCCAAACACAUUUAUGGAGAAAGAGGCUUUGUUCGAUCUGGCCAAAUCGGUCUCCGCUCCAACUCAGUUCAAUUAUGGUGGAAAAACAUACUCGCUUCUUGAUCAAGUUGCGGUAAACGAAUGGUGGUGGAGAGUGAGCAUGGGGGAUGGUAAAUUGCCGGACUACAACGCACGAGCAGUUAUGGAAAUUGAGAAGCAAUGCAGUCCAUGCUCCACCACUGCCAGUCAGAAACGAUUCAGCGUGGCAUGGAAGAGACCGACAAGACGAGAAAGUGUUGCACCUCAAAGUACGGUUUGGGAGGUAGCUGAACCUGUUCUCACAGCAGCGCUCAGUGAAGACUACAAAGAAAGACAAAUCAACUAAUGUACUUCUAUCUAUCACAACUCAAUCAAUUUUGCUUGUAAUAAUAUUGCAU